AAUACACACUUUAAGAAGUGUGUUUGUUUUAUUUCAAUUCUGUGAUUUUACAAUAAACAAAAAUUUAACAACAAAAAUAUAAAAGAGAUAUAAAAAUUAAAGAAAAAAAUAAUAACAAUAACAAAUUUUUAUAUGAGUGUAGUAACAUUGUCAAAAUAAAAUACAUAAACAAAAAAUACCUACUAUAAAGAGAUCGAAAAAAAAAACAAUUGCGGCAUUUGUUACGUUUAAGUGAUCGUCAGUCAAAAAGUUUGUUCUUGUAGACGUACAACAACAAUAAUAAUAAUAACAGCAACAACAACAACAACCACCACCACAAACAACUAUUACAGCAUUUAACCACCAUGGCCAUGUUACAACGAGAAGUUGGUGUGCCAGACUUUGUUCUGCUGGAUCAAAUAACACUGGAAAAAUUCAUGGAUAACUUGAAGAAACGAUUUCAAGCUGGUUCCAUCUACACAUACAUUGGCGAAGUAUGCGUUUCGAUGAAUCCCUACAGACAGUUGAACAUUUAUGGUCCAGAGACAAUAAAAAACUACAAAGGACGAGAAUUAUUCGAGAAUCAGCCGCACAUAUUCGCAAUUGCUGAUGCCGCCUACAGAAUAUUGAAGCAGCGUCAUCAGGACACCUGUAUAUUGAUAUCGGGCGAAUCUGGCGCUGGCAAAACAGAAGCAUCCAAAAUCAUCAUGAAGUAUAUUGCAGCUGUUACAAAUAUUCAUGGACAGAAUGAAAUCGAAAGAGUGAAAAAUGUUCUGAUCCAAAGUAACGCCAUCUUGGAAACAUUUGGCAAUGCAAAAACCAAUCGUAAUGACAACUCGAGUCGUUUCGGCAAAUAUAUGGACAUUGAAUUUGAUUAUAAAGCUGAUCCAGUUGGUGGCAUUAUCACAAAUUAUUUAUUGGAAAAAUCGCGUGUGGUGCAACAACAGGCAGGAGAACGCAAUUUCCACAGUUUCUAUCAGCUUCUGCGUGGUGCCAACGACAAUGAACUGCGUCAAUUCAAUCUCGCUAAAGAUCCAUCCAAAUAUCAUUACAUGAAUCAGGGUAGCAUGGACAUUUUAACGGAAAAGUCUGAUUAUAAGGGCACAAAUAACGCAUUUAAAACACUCGGUUUUUCAACGGAGGAAAUUUCAACUAUAUGGCGCAUUGUGGCAGCCAUUUUACACUUGGGAAACAUUGAAUUUCAAAUGAUUGAGGAUGAUUUGGUAAUCAGUAACAAGUCACAUCUUCAGGCAGCAGCCCAAUUACUACAAGUUACCGAGAAUGAACUGUCAACAUCUUUGACCACACGAGUAAUUGCAGCUGGUGGUAAUGUAAUGCAAAAGGAUCAUAAUGCUACUCAGGCUGAGUACGGUAAAGAUGCCUUCGCCAAAGCUGUUUAUGAUCGGCUCUUCACUUGGAUUAUAACACGCAUCAAUCGUGCUAUUUUGUUCCGUGGUUCCAAGACUCAAGCUCGCUUUAAUUCAGUCAUCGGUGUUCUUGACAUUUACGGUUUUGAGAUAUUCGAUUCUAAUAGUUUUGAACAAUUCUGUAUUAACUAUUGUAACGAGAAGCUGCAACAAUUAUUUAUUGAAUUGGUUCUUAAACAGGAACAAGAAGAGUACCAACGUGAAGGCAUUGCUUGGCAAAAUAUUGAAUAUUUUAAUAACAAGAUAAUUUGUGAUUUGGUAGAACAACCCCAUAAAGGUAUGAUAGCUAUUAUGGAUGAAGCUUGUCUCAGUGUGGGCAAAGUUACAGAUGAAACUUUACUCGGAGCCAUGGACAAAAGUCUUAGCAGUCAUCCUCACUACAGUAGUCGUCAAUUGAAGCCCAUGGACAAAGAGCUCAAGCAUCGCGAAGAUUUCCGCAUCACUCAUUAUGCCGGUGAUGUUAUUUACAAUAUUAAUGGCUUUAUUGAAAAGAACAAGGAUACGUUGUACCAGGAUUUCAAACGUCUGCUGCAUCAUUCUUCCAAUGUGCACAUAAGUGAAAUGUGGCCCGAGGGCGCACAAGACAUUAAAAAGACCACCAAACGGCCCUUAACAGCCGGCACACUCUUCCAAAGAUCGAUGAUCGAUUUAGUCAACACUUUGUUGAAGAAAGAGCCCUUCUAUGUGCGCUGUAUUAAGCCAAACGAUAUUAAGAGUUCCAGCGUUUUCGAUGAGGAACGCGUUGAACAUCAAGUUCGUUACUUAGGUUUGUUAGAAAAUGUACGCGUAAGACGUGCUGGCUUCGUACAUCGUCAGCGUUAUGAUAAGUUUUUGCUGCGUUACAAAAUGAUUUCCCAAUACACAUGGCCCAACUUCCGUGCCGGUAGUGAUCGUGACGGCGUACGCGUAUUGAUCGAAGAAAAGGGUUUCGGUCAAGAUGUUAAAUAUGGCCACACCAAGAUCUUUAUACGGUCACCACGAACAUUGUUCUCUUUGGAAAAACAACGCAACGAAAUGAUACCGCACAUAGUGAUUUUGCUGCAGAAACAAGUACGUGGAUGGAUUGCACGUCAAAACUACAAGAAAAUGAAGGCUGCAAUGGUGAUAAUGCGAGCCUACAAGACAUACAAAUUACGUUCAUAUGUCCAAGAUUUGGCCACUCGUUUCCGUCCCGCCAAGAACAUGAAAGACUAUGGUCGCAGCAUCCAAUGGCCUCAUCCUCCAUUGGCUGGCAGACGUGCCGAGCCUGGUCUUCAUCGCAUCUAUGACAAUUGGAGAGCUUAUAUGAUUCUGCGCAAGUACCCCCGAUCGGAGUGGCCACAGUUGCGUCUUCAGAUCAUUGCUGCGACAGCCAUUAAAGGACGACGCCCCUACUGGGGACAACAGCGUAAGUGGGUGGGAGACUAUUUGGCCAAUUCGCAAGAUAACUCCGCUUAUUUGGCAUACAGUACGAAUGUAAAGAAUUUGAAGAAUCACGAUGGCUUCAAAUCAGUUCUUUUCUCAUCGUUUGCAAAGAAAUUCAACAAGCACAAUAAACAAGCCGAUCGUGCAUUCGUCAUUACCGAUAGUGCAAUUUACAAAUUGGAUGGAGCUAAACAUAAGUUCAAGAAUAUGAAUCGCUCCAUAUUUAUACAGGAUUUGACUUCGAUUAGCAUCAGUACGGGCCGUGAUCAGCUGAUAGUUUUCCAUUCACCCGCCAACAAUGAUUUAGUGUUUGCACUCCAGGGUGAACAUGGACCCCUUAAGGAGGAUCGUAUUGGAGAAGCUAUUGGUGUUAUUUGUAAAAAAUAUUACGAUAUUUGUGAUCGAGAGCUUAGAGUCGAUGUGUCUUCAAAUAUCGCCUGUCGCUUGGGUGGCAAAUCGCGCACAAUUAUUAUUGAGGCAGCGACCGGUGUGGAGAAUCCUAACUUCAGACAUGCAGCAGGAAACAUUAUAUUUGAAGUACCAGCCCACUAUUGUGUUUAAAACUCAUGAAACUUACACGCCAAUUUUCCAAAAAAAAGCAAAAUCUAGUUAAUAAGUUUUUCUUUUUAUAUAAAGCUGGGCUUUCUUUGUUACAUUCUUGUAUAAUUUAUUUUUCAAAAAAAUCUUAAUGUUUUUCCAAUUAUUUGUCUGUUAAACUACAUGCCUUCUAAUGUAAUUUUGAUCUAUGCUGUUUUUCUUUGUAUUUUUUUUUAAGAAAACUAAUUUUAAUGAUUGUUAAUUAUUGUAUGUUUAAUUUAAUAUGAUAUAUAGUUUAAGAUGAUCGUCUAUCAAUCAGUGGGUUCAAUAAUUAUGUAAAGAAAUUAUGAUAAAAAGUAUUAAGUGCAUUAUUAAAACGUGCAUUAUUAAUUAUUAUUUAAAUAUUUAACUAUUUAUAUUAAUACUUAUAUACAACAAACAUUUAAUAUAAUAUAAUACAUGCAUACAUACAUACAUACUUAGAUACUUAAGUACAUAAUAUAUAGUAAAUAAUACAGAUAUUUACAUACACAUACAUAUACAUAUAUGUAAAUCGAUAACGAAAUCACACAACAAAAACAAUGAUAAACAACGAAAAUUAAAGCAUUUUAUUUAUCACAUUAUUUAAAUGAUACAUAUUCAUACAACAAUACAUGCACAAAUUCACAUGCGAUUAUAUAUAUAUUCUAUAUAUGUACAUACACACAUAUGUACAUUCAUUAAUAUGUAUGUUGACUGUAUGUACUAUGUGCAUUAGACAUGCCCCAGUAAAAAUUUUACUUUUUUGAUUUCUUAAAAAAUAUUCCUAUUGGGAAGAUCCAUGUCAAAGCGGACAGCAGUCGGAUUUACCAUCUCCGAUUUUAAUGAAAUUUACCAAUUCCAGGUUCAUGCAGUUUUUUAAGGGUGCGAAAUAGUAAAUAAAACUCAAUUUCCCAAAAAUUUUAAAUGAGUGAAAAAGUACCAUUUGUUCUGCGUCUCCUCAUUUGAACUAUGUUUAUUGUUUUGUCAUAAAAUAAUACUUUUUUUGGAUUAAAACACAACAACUACUAUAAUAUAUUAGGACAAUAUGACUAAUAGCAGACCGUGUGAAUACCCCAAUUAUGUUAUAAUAAAUAUAAUUUAGGACAUUUUUUAAGACAUCCCAAACAUUACAAUAGUUUAUUUUAAUCUAAUAAUGAAAAAAAAAUCCCAUUCAAAGGAAAUCUAUUUUUUAAGGGCAUGUCUAAUGUGCAUUAGAGUGUCCCUAUGUUAGAAUAACAAGAUACUGAAAAAACAAACAAACUUUUUUAUCAGGGGGGAGGUUACUCCCUAAUUCGGUUCGAAAGGAAAUCAUUUCGAAUUACAAUGUAUUUUGCACACAAUUUCGAACAUUUUCGUUUUCGGAUUGAGUUACCCAGUAACCGCCCAUAUCUUUAGUUCUCUACUAAUGACUGAAAAUCAUGACGUCUUAGUGCAUUCUGAUGGAAAUAAACUGUUGGGAAUGCCAAAAUUACAGCAUAACGAAUUAAAGAUUACGAAACAUUAGAGGCCAACCAAAACUUGUUUCCCUGUGAAGCAAUAAAGUCGUUUGAAACAAUUUGUUUGAAGAAGUUUUAGUGAAGACUUGAUAAAAAUUUUAAUUUUUCCUGUAAUUUCAUCAACAUAUAUACAAUGUACAUCGCUUGAGUUGUAUUCCUACAGCUGUCCAUCGGGUCACUCUAAUGUAUAAUGCAUGUAUUGAAUGUUAUUUUGUUUAUUUGUAAAGCACACUAUUUAAUUAGGAGUACUUAAAUUAUAAAUGUAUGUAGUUUAUUUACAUACAUAAUAAAUAAGAAGUACAUACAUAUAUAUAGAAAAGUAAGAAACUAUUAAAAUAGACAAUCAUCCAUGGGGACAUUGACUAGUACAUUUUGUGAUUUCCAUGCAAAUAUUGCGAUUGUACGUCUCAUUGGAAAAUUGUAUACAAAGAAAUGGUGCCAUCCACAUACAUACAUACUCGUACUUAUUUAUAUACUUACAUACUAUGUACAUCCAUACAUUUGCAUAAUUAUUUCUUCUAAUAAUGUAUUGUUCAACCUUCAAAAUGCUUCAAUUAAAGAAACAUAAAUAAUUUUUAAAUUAAAUUAAACCUAAUACGGAGAGACCUUUAAUGAAACGUGUGCCUUUUUUAAUGGAGUGCUUUGAUUAUUUUUACACACAUACGAUAUAGUACAUACCACCUACCUACCUACCUAAACAUACGUUGAAAAUAAAGUUAUUUGAUUAAAAUGCAUUUUUUUCUUAAAAUAUCUACUACAUAAGUAUAUGCAUAUGCGAAGAUAUACAUACAUACUUACAUAUGUAUGUAUGUACACUGUACAUAUGAACGCUAAUUUAUUUGUAUUUUUUUUAUUAUUAUAUGUAUUAUUAAUUUUUGUAAUUGUACCAAUCAAAAUGAAUGUAAAAUUUUUACAAUAUAUUUUAAAUAAACAAAUUAGAUAUAUUUUUUAACAGUAA